GGGUGAGAUAAGCCUGUCGUGCGGCGCAUUGCUACCUGGAGUGGGAUCGAUUGCACAGCGCCCUGCAGGGGUUCCAUAGUGAGUUUGAGAAGUGUUCUGUUCUGGGAGAGCGCUGACUUCCUGGUACGGGACAAUGGACAUGUUUUACUCUAGUUUGGCUGGGAAAACACACGCAGCGAUGUGAUCAAGACGGACACGUCGAGUUAGAACAAGGUCAUGAGUGCCUCUAGGAGGGCACCUGUGGAGAACGACCGCACCUGUCCAAAACCCCGCCUGGGCCCUGCCCUGUUCCCCGCACCCGGCCUCCACUAUGAGGAAAAGAGGGUGCCACUGUGGAACCCUGGGAGGAUGCAAGCUUCCACCUGUACAAAGUUAUUGACCGCUUCGGCUUCGUACAUGAGAAUGAACUUCCGUCCUACGACUCGGGGGAAGAGAAGCAAAAACACUUAGAGGUAGAAAGGACCUCAAAAUGGCUGAAGAUGAUGAAGAGCUGGGACAAGUAUAAGAACAGUGAGAAGCUGGUGAGGCGGAUCUAUAAGGGAAUUCCCCUACAGCUCCGAGGAGAGGUGUGGUGUCUGCUCCUCGACGUUCCCAAAAUAAAGGAGGAGAAGAAAGACUUCUACGAGAAGCUGAAGCUCAGGGCUCGAGGUCUGUCUCCUGACGUCCGUCAGAUUGACCUGGAUGUGAACCGAACCUACAGGAACCACAUCAUGUUCAUGACCCGCUACGACGUUAAGCAGCAGGCCCUGUUCCACGUCCUAACAGCCUACUCCGUGUACAACACGGAGGUGGGGUACUGCCAGGGCAUGAGUCAGAUCACUGCUCUGUUGCUCAUYUAUAUGAAUGAAGAGGAUGCCUUCUGGGCUUUGGUCAAACUGCUGUCUGGACAGAAACACGCCAUGCAUGGGUUUUUUAUCCCCGGSUUCCCCAAGCUGAUGCGCUUCCAGGAGCACCAUGACCGCAUCCUCAAGAAGAUGAUGCCCAAACUGAAGUCACACCUGGACACACAGGAGGUGUUCACCAGCCUGUACACUAUGAAGUGGUUCUUCCAGUGUUUCCUGGACAGGACCCCCUUCACCCUGACCCUGCGGAUCUGGGACAUCUAUAUCCUGGAGGGAGAGAGAGUUCUGACCGCCAUGUCCUACACGGUCCUCAAAYUGCACAAGAAGCACCUGUUGAAGCUGUCUAUGGAGGAUCUGGUUGAGUUUCUGCAGGUGACUCUGGCCAAGGACUUCUUCUUUGAGGAUGACUUUGUGAUUGAGCAGUUGCAGAACAACAUGGUGGAGCUAAGGAGGUCCAAACUGGAGCUGGCUGCACCAGGUAAAGARGACGAGUAUCCCAAGAAGCUUCUUGGGCAGCUUCCCCCAGAGCCGGCGGUGAACCAGAACCACGUGGCGAAUGGUCAGAGCCACGCCCAGCCGGCCGAGCCCCCAAAAGCGCCCAGCCCCUCCCCCGAGCACCAGCGGGACAGCCGACCCCCCAACCGGGCGGGGAGGGACUCCCUGGAUAAGCUGGUCCGGCAGCACAAGGCUGAGAAGAGGGAGGCCAGAUCACGGGGGUCCGGAGAGAACGCCGUCCACCUUGACCCCCACUGCAAACAGCCCUCCGUCCACCUCGACCCCCACUGCAAACAGCCCUCCGCCCCCCCCCUUGCUACCCCAGAGAGAGGGUCCACACCUACACCAUCUCCGGCGCCCUCUCCCUCGCCACAUAACAACCCUCCUACAAAAGUGGUGGACGGAGGGAAGCCUCAGAACCACGCCACGGCCAACCACAACUCCAAUGCCGCCUCCAGCAGCUCUCGUAAAGACAUCGCCCCGCGCUGGGUCAAGCCGUCCGAGACCAAGCUGGAAGCGGCCAAGGCAGCGGCGGCCAGGGAGAUCCAGCUGAGCCGUGGUGGUUCCCCGGCCCCCUCCAGCCCUGACGACACCCUGCUGCUCAMCCGCCGGCCCCGCUCCAGGGGCUUGAUCCCAGGCUCCAACCGCGGCUCCAACGCCUCUCAGUACGACAACGUGCCCGGGGGGGCAGAGCAGGACUUUGUGGAGGUCCUKGAGCUGGAGAGGCCACCGUCGCAGAUGAGGCGCAGCGAGACACCGUCCCUACCCCCCACCCACACCCCCAGCCUGCAAGGGAGCAUGGUCUCCAUAGGACCCGUGGCUAGGCAGGCCAAACACCCCAUCCCCGCUGCCCUGUCCCUCAACAGCCCUGCGGGGGGUAAACCCUAUGUCCACCCCAACGGCCAGAGCCAGUACCACACGCCCCCCCAGCAGUACUCCCCCGGCCGGCCUGCUAUGGUGCCACUCCACUACCCUCCGUACAGUGUGAGCCUUGAGCAGAGGGGACUGGGAGAGGACAGGCACUACGGCCCCCCGCUCUCCCGAGGCACCCCACCGAUGGGUCUGAUGUAUGGGGAGAGGGCGUACGUCACCACCCAGCGGCCCAGCCACUCUCCGGAGAAGGCCCUCAUGAACAACUCCUAUGCCACCACCCACAGGCAGCCUCCCAGCUCAGCCCAGCCCCCCCGGACCAUUGUARGCCCGCUGGCCCCCCGCACCAUACAGCAGCUGGACAGCCCUGGUAGUAACGCCUCCACAUACCUGCGCCAGCCCACACGGCUCACCUCCACUGCAGCCGCCUAUCCGGUGUACCCUCCUGUUGACUACAACAGGUACGAGGAGCGCAGGAGAGGGGAGCAGACACAACCCUACCUGCCUGAGGGGCCAGGCUGGGGAGGGGCAGCGGAGGUGCAGCCGUGGGGGCAGCAGGAAGGUGGUGACAUGACACGUGCCCCUGGAGGUGUACCCCGAUCCCCCAGCUUCCAUAGGGCCCAGAUGUCCCCCGUGCAGGAGUUCACCUUCCCCCCCGGCCCUGACGGCCUGGCUCACUACAGGACACAGUUCCACGAGCAGCAGCAGCCCACCAUGAGGCAGCAGCUCCCCCCGCUGUUCGGAGGACCACACUACAGGCACGCACCAGAGGCGUUCACCAUGCAGGAGUCUAUGUUGCUGUGAGAGGAGGAGAGAGGGAUAGAAAGACACUGAGGUGUAGUCACUGACACUGUGGCWGCAGAGACAAGCGGKAGUCCUACUGGAGUUAAGGAGUUUUASUUUGGUUUGUGCUUUAUAUGUGACGUUCUGACCUUUUUAAAAGUCAUACUGCAUCGUGAAUGCUGCAGUAUACCAGCUUCUGAUGUUUUUAUGGAUCCCUUUUAAAAACCCACUGAAGAUUGAUUAUUUUAUUUUUCGGAUGUUAAAUCAUUAACAACAGGAGUUAAAAGUAUAUAUAUAUAUAUAUAUGUCUUUUAGAGUUGAAAAUGUACAGUAAAUGAUGUUUUGUUUAUAUACUGAGUUAUUGAAACGUUAYGAGUAGCAGGGGACACUUCUCCUGGCGAGACAAACUCAGUGAUUCCAUUUUUCAUUUCCAUCUUUAUUAUUUUUUUAUGAGUUACUUCCAAAAUAUCUACUUUAGAGGUCAAUUUACUCUAURUGCUUGUGAAUAUCUUAUUUUUCUGAAAGAAGAAACAAAGCUAUGUCAAAUAGUAGAAUUACGGAUCAGUGACGAUUUAAAAUCAUUGUCGAAAAUAAAUCGUUUAAAUUCUGAAGCACCUCCACUGUAUAAGGACAGUUUUUACAACUUAAAUUUUUUCAUUGAGAUGAUUCUGUUGUCGCUCAGUUUAGCGACCACUGUCAUUUCUAGUCAUUGCAAAGCAUUUCUGUAACCCAAAUAGUGUGUACAGUAUGUUUGGGUAUCGAGGCCAGUGUCUGCUUUAUACCCCAUAUUGAGACUGUAACAGUGAACUGUUUUGGCGUCCGUAGAAAAAACACCCCUUUUCUCCCCUGAGGGUAAUGAAUGAUUUACUUCCCUCUGAAAAGUUUACAUGAACAUUAAUUGCAUAUUAACAGUAUGGUAUUUUCAUCACCACAGAGUAGGUGUCAGCUAGCUGCAAGAGGUUUCUAUAGAGGGGGAAUGUGUACUGGUAUUGAAGUACUUACUAAGCCGCAAUAUGCUUUAAUUGUCAACUCAUGUCUUGUAUUUUCAGCAGUCACAUUCACUGCUGUUCAGUUACCAGCACUUACAUAUUAAAUCAUUCCAUAUACACACAUCAAUACUUACUGACCUGUACGUACUACUUUGUAGUGUGACGUCACACAUUUGAAUACAUAUUCAACCACCUACCUUUUUAGUGCUGAUUCUCAACUAUGUACUUUUUGAUACAAUGCUUAUCGUUCUCGCGGUUAUAAUUAUACUGUUAUUAUUUGAACAUGCAAAUAAGUCAUUCCUUCUUUUUGUUAAAUAAUUAAUUGCAAAAUGGUUUCAGGUCAUUCUUCAGAGACUUUUCUUUACUUAAUAAAACAAAUUGGGGUGUGCAUUUCUGAUCAUGUGUCUGUAUAUUUGUGUGCGGAUUUAUUUCUGUAAGAAUGUUAUUGCUAUUCCCUUCAUACAUCAGUGAAGUGUCUUCGUACAUAUUCUACAUGCAUGGACCACAAAGCUCACGCCGGAUACUGGAAAAAGGGAUAAGAAGUGCCAAAGUUAUUCAUCUGCUGAUAUUUGAGGAAACACUGCCCUCUAGUGGAGAGAAACUUCAGUCAAAAUGAAUUGCAACCUCUUCCAACCCUAUGCAGCUGCCAACACCCUCAUCUUAAUUUUACAGACCAUUUUUUCUUAAAGGAUUAUACAGGCCAGUUUUUCCAGGACCCCUGCGUGCUUUACUAAGAGUAUUGCAUGGUAUUUUUCACUUAGCACAUUGUUGUCUUGUACUUUAUUUAUUGAGAUCAAAAUAUUUGUAUGUGGGCCAAACUAGGAAUUUGGUCAUAGCAAUAGGCUACCAUAAGAUCAUUAAAAAAAGUUCUGAACACUCCA